AUGGAGGAUGAUACGGAAAACAAUCAUGAAGGAGAGGUGAAUAAUCAUGCCAUAAAAGGUGGAGCCAACCCUGUUGGACAAGAGAGGAGAGUUCUGGGAUCAUACAUCAAUCCAAAUCCAGGAAAUUAUGCAUCAAAAUGGCUAGAAUCGUUUCCCAAGGAAAGCUUGACCACCUGGGAAGAUGUAAUGAACAGAUUUCUAACAAGGUUCUACCCUCCACAAAGAGUUAACAGGCUGAGAACUGAGGUGCAGACAUUCAGACAGCAGAAUGGCGAGACUCUUUAUGAAGCUUGGGAGAGAUUCAAAGAUUUGACAAAGAAAUGCCCCCGUGAUAUGUUUAAUGAGUGGGAAGAAGUAGUGUCCAAUUUACAAAACCAAGAUGCUUCUACUCAGAAGUUUGAAGCACAAAUUAGAUACCUGUCUAAGCAAGCUCUUGGCCACAGUUCAGGUAAUGCCAUCAGGACAACCUCAAAAGAGGAAUGCAAAGCUAUUACCCUUAAGAGCGAAAAGGAAUUGAAAGAGACUCUAAGGGAGACUCAAGAAGAGAAGGAAGAGGGCAGUUCAAAUGCCAAGGAAGAAGCACAAACACGUGCUCCAAACCCAUCAGAAGAGAAAGAAGUUCUAAGGCCAUAUGUCCCAAAGGCUCCUUACCCUCAGCGCCUAAUGAAGAAUACAAAGGACAACCAAUUCUCCAAAUUUUUGGAGAUUUUCAAGAGACUUCAAAUCAACAUCCCCUUUGCAGAAGCACUAGAACAAAUGCCACUUUAUGCUAAGUUUCUGAAGGAAUUGAUGACCAAGAAGAGAAGCUAG